UUUCCGAGGCCGUCAAAUGAUUUUAUGACCUCGAACACAUAAGAAAAAUGUCCUCAGAGUUUAUUUAAAGCUUUAAUUUAAACACACAAAUUCAAGACCCUUUGAAAACAAAGGCAUGUCCAAUCUUGUGGGAUCUGUAGUCACUGGUUCAGAAUAUCUGAGUGUGUUGACGGGCGUUUGAAUUUCCAGUGUUUCGAACAAUAUAUUUCAAGCAUAAAUCUUAUUGUUUAAGAAAAGUUCUUAGAGUAAAUCAUGCAUAAGGACACACCACCAUCCUCUCCAGACAUGAGUAAUCAGAUGGAAGAUGAAGAAGAUCUGAUAUACUUAGGUGAUGUAGAAGAAGUAAUAGAUGCAUAUGAUACAAGAGAAAUUGAACAUGAAGAUGGAAUGGAAGAAGAUCCUCCAGAAGAGGGAGAUGCUACUUAUGUGUUUACCGGUCAUAAACGUGGUUCUGUCUUUUGCGGUUCUCUGACCAAAAAUGGAAAGUUAGCCGCUACAGGAGGAGAAGAAGACAAAGCUUAUGUGUGGGAUACAUUGUCUGGAGAGAUCAUUCUUGACUGCAUCGGUCACAAAGAUAGUAUUAUCUUUUCAGAAUUUAAUCAUGAUGAAUCGUAUUUGGCUACUGGGGAUAUGAGUGGUAUGAUACAAGUUUGGAGAAUGUCGGAUAAAGCUAGAGUUUGGGAUUACAACAUGGGAGAUGCAACAUGGAUGAAGUGGCAUAUGGCUGCAAAUGUUUUGCUAGGGGGGUCUGUUGAUGGAGAAGUAUACAUGUGGAAAAUUCCUGAUGGAGACUGCAAGGUUUUUCAAGGAUUUGGAUGUAGGGCAGAGACUGGUGCAAUAUUUCCAGAUGGUAAACGUGUUGCAGUAGGUUAUGAGGAUGGAGUUAUUGGAGUUAUAGAUUUAAAGUCAGGUUCUGUGUUGUCAUCUAUCUCCUCUGUAUUGGGUCAUACUUCUACUAUAACUGCUGUUGAUUGCCAUUCAGACAACAAUCUAAUACUUUCUGCAGCUGUAGAUGGAAAAACAAUAAUUAGCACAUCAACUACUGGCAAGAUAAUAUCUGUUCUGCAAAGCCUUAAUAGUAAUGAUAACAUUGGAAAUGCUGAUCCGGAAGCUGAAAAUAGUGAAAGAAACAAUGAGAGCAAUUGGGUAGAAACAGCAGCUUUCUGCAAAGAUCCUACAUUUCAAGUUGCUGCAACUGGAACUGUUAAUGGAGAAAUCUUUAUCUGGGAUAUCUCAAAACAGGUACUUAGACAAAAAAUAGAACAAGAAAGCGGUGUAUCGAAGAUUUUAUGGAAGGGAAACACUUCUAUCCUGUUUUCAACAGGAUUAGAUGGUAUUCUUAGGUGUUUCGAUGGAAAAAGUGGUGAAUGUAUACGAUCGUUUACGGGUCAUACGGCGGACAUUCUUGAUCUAUAUAUAUCUGAAAACGGAGAAAAAGCCCUGACAACAUCUGAUGAUUCCACAGCUAGGAUUUUUGAUAUUUCAUCUAUACCUUAACGUAAUUUAUUAUAUAGCGAAAAAUAUACAAUCUUUGUUAUUGACUAAAAUAUAUGUACAUUUUAU